AGGAGAAGCAGUAGCAGCGAAGGGUUUUCGGGCCUCGCAGCAUGGCGCAGGCAACAGGCAGGGCUUCCGCAGCCCCCCGCCCACGGCCUACCCCGGCUCGCUGAGCCCCGCCCUCACCAUGCAGCCCCCCGGGGGUUUGCCUCACGCGUGGGGCUCUCCCACUCCGCCCUACGGGCCCGGUCCCCGCCACCGGGGUUCGCCUCAGCAGCAGCAGCUACAACAGCAGCAGCAGCAGCAACAAGGCCAAGGAGCGCCGCCAUUUCAUCACCAGCAUCACCACCACCACCACCAACAACAACAACAACGCUACAACAGCCCGUGUGUCAGUCACCAACAACCGGGCUACAGCCCCCGGCACCGAGGAGGCCGCGGCUACUCCUCGCCGCCCUAUCACCCGCUCUCCCCGGCCCACAGGAAGUACCAGGGCUCGCCCAGGACCUCGACGCCGUCGUUCGGUGGGGCCCAAGGCCGGGAGAACCGCUUCUCGACCAACGUGGAGCACUAUUACAAGCCUUCCAUGCUCGAGGACCCGUGGGCUCACCUGGAGCCGGUCUCUGUUUGUGACAUUAACCAGCAGCACAGCCAACAACAGACCACCAGCUCGGGUCAAAGAGGGAGGUAUUUCAGUUAAACAAAAACAGAGAG